CUCGAGCAGAAGUAUCGUGCUACUAUGGAUGUUUCGCUGAAGGAGCACCUCCAAGUUGUCUCAACGCUAGUCGCGAAUAAAACUCAACGCUGGUCGCGAAUAGAAUGACAAUGAGGAAUAGAAAAUCCGCAUGCAGUUGGAGGGAAGUUCCUGACAAGGAAAGGGAUGUACAUAGAUAGAUAUGCGAGUGCAAGGAAAUGAAGUGCACGAAGUGCACCAUGCAGCCAGAGGGAUCAGUUCUUAGACUGUCCAGUCCAAUAAGUACCGACUGGUAGAAGCAGAUUGACAUUAUGAAGCGGGCCAACACCCCCGUCAUUGGUGAUGGUUCAGCUUUUUCAUCCAACCCAGUUCACACUGCACAUCGUGAUGAUGCUUCACUCCAGCUAUUACCAUUGGCAACGUUGCCAACAGCAGCAGCAUCGUCCAAGCACCGAAAAAAGCGCGUGGCUCAAGUCAUUUCCCUCUGUUUCUAUCUGAUAUCGUGGGUGGCCAAUGGGGAAAUGCUGCAGACCAUUUCGAAUGGCAGUGAUAAACAUACCAAUGAUUCAAGAAGAAUGCCCGCCUACGACAAACCCUUUGCCAUUACGUGGUUUUCGUACAACUACAUGAUGCUGGGGAUGGUGCUAAUAAUGACACCAACCAUAAAACGACGAUCAUCAUCGCUGUUUACCUACAUGCAACGGGACUGGGCCGGUCGUUUGGGAUUGCCACGGGCCAUGGCAGUCUGUGCUCUAUUUGCCUUUGCGCUUCAGUUUCUCAAUGUCUUGUUGGUGGUCGGACUGGGUUGUGUUUCCGUCAGUCUUUCCAAUGCCGUGUACCAACUCCAGACCAUUUUUACCGUGGGCCUCUCGGUGUGGUGUUUACACGAUCAGUUUGUCAUGGCGGAAGCCUGCGGAAUAGUGCUCUCCAUUGUAGGCGUAUCUGUCAUUGUGAUCCCGCCACUGCUAUGGGCAGAGGACGAGGAGGAAUCCGAAUCCACGUCCUGUUCCAACAUCUGGGGAGGAGUCUUGGCCACGUUGCUGUCGGCUGCCCUGGGAGGAGGCUAUCUCGUGGCAUGGAGAGCGUUUGAAGAAGCGCGCUGUCCUGAUACUGGUACUAAUACUGGUUUAGAGGGCUUGGUGGAUACACAACUGACACUGGCCAUGAUGGGUGUGUGCAAUUUGACCUUGUGUUGGAUCAUCCUGCCCGUGGUCCAUGGGACAGGAGUAGAAGUACUGGCAUGGCCACCCUCGUGGUGGAUGUUGCAUUGGAAUGGCAUGAUUGAGUAUGCGUUUGAUGCUUCGUGUGCCGUGGCCAUUUACAUGACAUCUCCCGUGGUGGUGGCCAUUGUGUCUCCCUUGACGAUUCCCUUGGCCAUGUGGGCAGACUAUUAUUUGCUGGGUAAAACGUCAUCGUUGGGAAAUAAUGGCGGUGGUAGGGUUUGGCACAAUCUACUGGGAGUAGUGAUCAUUUUGAUGGGGGUGAUAUUGAUGGAGAUCAAGCCGGAUCUAUCUCAGUGGAUGCCAUCCAAAACUAGGUUAUUAGUACAAAAAGCUGGUGGGGGGUCCGGAACUCCGGGGGACAAGGAGGAGCAGGAGAUGAGCUCCUUGCUUGACAAGGGUGAGGGAGCAGAGAAGAAAGUCUAGCUAGCCAGCUAGCUAGCUAGUAGAUGGUUAUUAGCAAACCACCUCAUCCGCCAUGAUCAGAUCCUCGUUCUUCGACUGUGAAGUUUGCUUCCUGUGUACCAAACCGUACUGGUAGAUUGACGUAGUCUAGUACAUGUAGUACGGUUAGUAUAACGUCUCCACCUCACAAGAUCAAUGGUUUAGUUACCCAUUCCAAAGCCAGUAGCUGAGCCAAGUUUGUGUCCAUGUAAUUCCUAAUCCGGGGCUGGUCUUGAAAUGAGGAGUAGUAGAAGAGAGGAGAGAAGA